AGUCUCUUUCUUCGUUCUCUUUUUUUCUGCAACACCUAAAGCUUACAGAGAUAGUGUGUUCCCUUUUUCGAUAUCUCUGAUUCAGCAAUCAUCAAGCAGCCUCAACGCCAGGUCCCUCCCUCGCCCUUCUGUAGACGCUGCUCUGUUUUGAGACACGAUGACGAUGUGAAGGUAGACAGAAAGUCGCUGGAGUUCGAACCCUGAUCGUUUAAUAGGGGGGAAGUUAAAGCAGAGACCUUUACAUGACUACAUUGUGAUUUGACUCCUUCCAUGAGAGGGUUUUUGAUGGACUGGUUAGUGGAGGUUGCUGAGGAGUACAAACUUGUCUCCGACACGCUCUAUCUCACUGUCUCUUAUGCUGAGUCUCUCCGUUACAAACUCCUUGGUGGACUUGCUGUCUGCAGGGCUUGCUAUGGUGUCUUGAGAUUCGUCAUGGAGAGUGGUGCUAAGGGACGUGAGGUGACUGUGAGUGGAAAGCUUCGUGCAGCACGUGCCAAGUCCAUGAAAUUCAAGGACGGUUACAUGGUUUCCUCUGGUCAACCAACCAAGGAUUACAUCGACUAUGCAGUGAGACAUGUUCUGCUUAGGCAGGUUAGAGAUUUCAAUGAGUCAUUGUUGCAGAUAGAGUUCCUCUGUUGCUAUCUCUCAGAGUUGAGUCUGUUGGAUUAUAGCUGUGUAAAGUUUUUACCCUCUCUUUUGGCUGCUUCUGCCGUCUUUCUUGCUCGAUUCAUCAUCCGUCCAAAACAACAUCCUUGGAACCAAAUGUUAGAAGAAUCACAAAGUACAAAGUACUUGUCUUAUCAUACGAAGUUUGAUAAGUGGGUGGAGAAAGGAGCUGCCUCUGCAAUAGCACCAAGCUUGAAGAUCCUGGAUUUUAGCUUGUGGUCCCACAUUAUCUCUAGCACCCAUUGAAGCUGAGGCUGAGGGGACAAGAAUUCAUGCUUCAGUUGGUGAACAGCUCAUCAAAAAGUAUGAAGACAAGCUACAUGAGGGAGAUGCGAUUGUCGUCUAGUUGUUCAAAGUGUACGAUGCUAUUGGUGACUACCAUACAACCACACAUCCGUACAAAAUUGGCUUCUUUCCAACAACUUUUGUUGGAAAAGCUGAUGAGUUUCCAACUGAAGUUCCCGAAAAGUAUUUUGCGGACUACAAUGAUCUUCUUGGUGGAAAGUUUGAUAACAACUGUUUGGUUGAUGUUAUUGGCCAAAGUUAACUUUGGGUCUCUGGAAAACAAAAUGAUAAAAGGAAAAGAUAACAUGAGGCUCUUGAUUGAGUUACGUGAUCAGAAUAAUGUGAAGAUGAUGUGUACUCUGUGGGGUCGUUAUGCUAAACAAGUAUACGAUUACAGUAUGAGUAACAUGUCCACAAUGAUUAUUUGUGUUAUCAGAUUCUGUUCUGUUAAAGAGUGGAAAGGUAUAUAAAAGUACUUAAAAUGUUUAAUUGCACAA